AUGGAGAUUGGCGGCCACGUGGUGCUGGGCGGGCUGCUGUUCCAGCUGUUUGUGCUGGUGGUGUACUUUGUGCUCGUUGUGAGGUUCCAGAGGGCGACGCAGAGGGAGGUGAUUUAUGUAGAGAAUUGGAGGCGGUAUGUGUGGACGCUGGUGAUCUCUGUGGUGGCUGUGUGGGUGCGGAAUUUGGUGAGGGCGGCGGAAUUUGGUCAAGGCUGGUAUGGUUUUGUGAAUCAGCGCGAGGCGAUGAUGUAUAUCUUUGAUUCGUUCCUGAUGUUCUCGGUCAUGGUUGCGUUUGCUGUCUUCCACCCAGGACAGCUGAAUGAUUCGCAAGGGAGUAUGACCAAGGGCAGGCAACGCGUCACGUCUGAGAAGGUGGUUAUGGGUCCGUUCGGAAACCUAGCUUAG